AUGAACGGCGACCUGCAGAAUUCUGAGAUCCAACCCGCCGCCGCGGAACCCAAAACCAUAAUCUCCACUUGGGUUUCAGAAACCGUCGACGGAUCCGCCGUGCACGGCGUCGAAAACGAGCUCAUGGUUCUGCAGAAAAUGCUUGGGAAAAGACACGGCGGCGGCGGCGACGGCGACGGCUUCAGGGCCAUCGGAAUCGUCGGAGUCGGAGGAAUCGGGAAAUCGACGAUUUGUCAAGCCUUUCUACAAAACCCAGAAGUGAAAUCAAAAUUCCUCCCGAGGAUUUGGGUUUCAAUGUCGACAAAUUCCACCGGAGACGACCCAGAUCCCAAAAUCGCUCUGGUUAAGAGAAUCCUCAUUUCUCUCGGAGUGGAAAAAAAUUUUCUCGCCGCCCAAACACUGGGCCGCCUCCUCUACGCUCUCCGCCUCCAACUCAGAGGGAAAUCGUAUCUGAUUGUGCUGGACGACGCAAAAGAACAGCAAACUCAAGAAGAACAAGAAUGGUAUUCGGAUUUGAAUCAUUCUUCCGAGAAAAUUGGAGAGAAAUUGAGAGAUGGGUUUCCGAAAGGGGGUGGAGGGGCUGUGAUCGUGACGAGCAGGAGCGAGAGAGCGGCAAAAUUGAUGGUGGGGGACCAAAAUCUUCGCUGUUUGGUUGCGCAGAAAGACCCAGAAAGUUUCUGGGAAAUUUUCAGGCAACAAGUCGAGAACAAUGGAGGUAAUUCCAUUAAUAAUCCUUCAAAUCUCAAGGAACUGAAAGUGGAGCUGUUGAAGAAAUGUGGUGGCCUUCCAUUGGCUGCUAAGAUGAUGGGGCAGAUUAAGCUCCAAGAGGAAAAUAAGAAACCAGAAGUUUGA